UCAAAUUAAAUUUAAACCAAUGGUUAUUUAUUUAAUUUAUUUGUAUGAGCAAAAAAGGAAUGAGGUAGAGUCGGAAAAAUAUAAAUGGAAAAUUGACGAGCUGAGAGAAUUGGCAAAAAAUAUUCAGAAUAUAGAGCUGGAAUUCUAUGAACAACAAAAUUUGGGAGAUUUGCAGGGAUAUAUCAACGGAUUUUGGUCUAUUAGCUUAGUCGAAGAAAAAAAUGCACAUUACUUUUAUAAUGAACUACUCAAAAUAAACUUUCAUUUCAAUUGGCCUUCAUUCACAUUUAAACAAAGUGUUCACGAUCCUUCGUAUAAACCUACUCCGUUAGGAAGCGGAGUUCAAAGUGUUGCAGGAUCGGGACGUUCAGGCUUAGCUAGUGGGCAAAGAUCUGGGCAAGAUAGUGGACAUAUCAAAUUUGAAGAUGAGGAAGAGGAGGAGGAAGGUGCUAAAGAGGAUGAAGAGGAAGAAGAUAGUGAUGACGAAGAGGAUGAUCAGCCAGGACCUUCCACAACUGCAGUCCAACAUGGUCAAGAGCAUGGAGACGAGAUAAUCGAAGAAGGACAGCAGCCGGGCUGGCAAGUUGGAUAUCCUCCGCAAUGGGCAGGUAACUCAAUAUAUAACAGAAUUAGGAGGGAACUAAUCUAA